GAUAAAAACUCGCCGUGAAUUAAUUAGCUACGAAGAUAUUGAUUACACACGCAGCAGAGCUGCUGGCGCUAGUGUCAAACGUUGCGUCUUUCUUUGUUAAUUUAAUUUACAAACACAGGGCAGAAAAUCACCUCGUCGUCGGUGGGGGGUAAACCACCUCAACUUCCUGAUUCUGGUGCCUCUAAGUUCAUUAAAUACGUUUGCUCGCUCGACGGAAGCUGCUAUCAGCGCACGGUUAACCAUUGAAUGCAAUGCAUACCGUUGUCGUUGGGCGUAGAACGGACAUGGAGAACAGAGAAUCCAUCGAAGAUGAUCUCGAUAGUGCGACGGAAGCGUUCGACCACAGUACGUUGAGCAUAAAACACCAGAACAAGGGCAUUGUGCAAGAUAUAUGGCAACGUCCCACAAGACGGCCCCUUCCACCGACGGGCGAUGUGGUGCUUUGUUUCGAGAUACCGCUGGCACGCGUUCUGCCCACAGUUGGCCCAGGCGAUGGGCCUUCCAGCGCCAGCAAGAAGUACGUAAUAUAUGAGGUGACGAUACGCAAGGACGGUCCCGGUCCGGAUCCGUACCCGACCAUCGUCGAACGACGCUACACUCAUUUCCUGAAGCUGUUCGAGGGUUUGCGAAAGGAUCAUCCGACUCUGCUGCAAUCGGUCAGCUUUCCCAAGAAGGUGCUGAUGGGAAACUUCACCGCCGAACUGAUCGGCGAACGGAGUGCCGCGUUCGAGUGCUUUCUCGACCAUAUCGUAUCCGUGCCUUUGCUGCGUGAUUCCGUUCAUUUUCUAGAGUUUCUGCAAGGGGAUGAACUGCGUAAUGCGUGUCAAUUACUGGACGAACGGCGCAAUGAGCUGGCCGUGCCGCUCCUUGAGAACUGUUUCCGUUUGCUGAACAAAAUCUUUCUGGACAAAUCAAAGUGUGUGCUGUUGCUGCUGUGCCGCUUGGUGACGGCCUGUACCACCUCCCCGAUACCUCAUCCGUCCGCGGAACAGUGGGCCGAGCUGGCUUUGCGCCGUUACGAGCAUGUGUGCGAUACGGAACUGUUGGUGCUUUACAUCCCGCUGCUGCAGACGUGUUUGCAUCUGUGGUGGCAACGGGGACGUGACCGGAGUCUGCUGGAGGAACGCCUAAACGAGAUGGGCAAGAAGGGUAUUAAGGUGAAGGGCGGACCGACCCUUGCCCAAGCGAUACAUGCGCUGGAUCCACGGGCUGAAACGAUUUAACGGGGCGUGUGCAUGACAGGGAGCAACAUGAUCACGACGGCAGCGAAGAAGUAGGCAAACGAUCAUCACAACAGCAUAGCAAAUGAUCAUCACAAGUGCACCAAACAAACAUCACAAGCUAUGAGACUAAGCCUGGGUUUUCGUUAAAUCGUUUACAUUUUAUUUAGCUUAAUCUACGCAUUUGGGUUGUUUUAUACGUUAGUUCGUAGCCUUAAAAAAUACCGCACGGGAGCGUGUAUUGAGCCUCGUUGGGAACGCAUUUUAUUUACUGAACAAUCGUGAUAAAAAAGAAGAAAAAAAAACGAUUAUAUUACAAAAUUUAUUCAUUAGGGCAUUCGUUGUUGAAUUCCAAAGCUUUAUUCGUUUGGCGCCUGCUAAAAAAUAAUCGUAGCGUACCUUUUAAGAUAAUUUGUCAUGGGUUUGGACAAUUUUAUAAAUAAAUUAUGCGCAAAUGCAUUACUGCUUGUUCGGUCGACCGAUGUAUGCGAAA